GGACAGCCUCUGAAUCACAGCGCGCCUGGCAGCCAAAGCCCCACAGUGCGCAAAGGUCCUCCGUCAUCUCGCUGCCCCCGCCUCGCUUGCCCGCCACCUGGUACCAGCCCCGGCCACCAGAAGCCAGAAGCGGGAGAAGGUGGUGGCUUGGCUGCUACCACAACCACACCACCAACGUAACCACUGGCGAUUCCUCUCCAUUCAAACACCUCACCCGUUACCAGCACAACUCCCGCCAUUGCGCGCAGCUCCCCCCUGGCGCUCGCCAUAUUUUGCUUGCGGUGUUUAUUCUUUGAUUUCGCCCAUACCGCAUACCUAUUGAGGGUCCAGAUAGCGUAUGGUAGCCGAAGGCGACGUCUUGAUCAAAGAGUCUGCCGAUCGGAAUACCCCAGCAGCAUUGUGAGCGCACCUCCCCGGCGCGUUUCAGCUCUGUCUGCUUGCGUCCCACGGAUAGACGAGAGCCUUCUCGUUUAAAGGAGUUGCUCUAGACUGCGCUUCAACGACCAUUCCCCUCGCUGCCCAACCCAUAUACCCAAGAUGGCUACCGAAGGGCCACACAGGCCGUCGGUUGGCGACACGCUGAUUGUUAUCCACGACUUUCAGGCGCGCAGCUCCGACGAACUCAGCUUAGGCAAGGGUGAUCGUGUUGAGCUUGUCGAACGAGACGAUGAAUUUGGCGAUGGCUGGUUCCUUGGCCGACACCUUGCCAACGGCAACACAGGAUUGUUCCCAGAAGUCUACACAAGAGUCGCCCCUAGACAUGUCCCCGCCCCGAUCUUGACGAACACGGGCUCUGGUUCCGCACCCGUUUCCUUGGCCGAAUCGCUCAUUACUGGACAGGCGCCUACUCCUACAUCCGAAAAAGCUCCAACUCUUGAUGUCCCUGUCGCAGUCGAAUCACCAGUUCUAGAAACGACCCAAUCUCCACCACCAGCCUCAACAUCGGUUUCGGUUCAUUCCAAACCCGAAACGGAAACACCGAGCGUGACCAGCGCAUCUUCCUCCCUCAACCGCCUAAAUAGUACCAGCCAAUCACACGACAGCCAAGUUCUUCAUGAUACUCUGAACGUUAUUAAUGAGCACAUUACGGACUUGCGCAUGCCAUCCAAUGGUGCGUCCGGUUUAAGAGGCCACGCGAACGACUCCGGUAGCGAGUACAGUAUACCACUAGAACAGCGAAUGUCCUACAUUCAAGGUGAAGAGACCGAUGAGGAAGAAGAUGGGAGUCGAAGCCGUGCUGAAGUGGAGGCUUGGACUGCUGAUGACGUCGCCGAGAAUCUCUUUGCAGCAGGUGUUGAACAACAACACUGUGAGGUAUUCAGAGACCAAGACAUUACUGGCGAGGUCCUACUAGGCAUGGACCAAAGUUCUCUUUUCAUCAAGGCCUUUGACCUUGGAUCAGUCGGCCGCCGUCUGAAGACUUGGCACAAAAUCAAGGCACUCCAAGAUGAAGUGGACCAGCACGAUGACCGCCGAACGACGCAAACCUAUAGCGAGGUUGGCUCUGAGAAACACAGAAGCCGACAUAAUACCUUGACGAACCGCCCCGGAUCGACCCAGAAUCGCCAGGCCUCUGGGCAAGCAACCAAACCUCCCGGAAGCCGUGAGAGCCAAGAGUACAGACCGGGCCACGUCAAACGCCCAUCAGCAGCCUCCGUUCGAGAUUUGCACCACUCGCGCCGCUAUUCUGCGACGGAUUUCCGCCCAGCACCACCAACACCAGGAUCUGCCUCCUCGGCAACUCCUCAAAGCCCCAGUGGUGAUGGACAUAUCAAGCAGCCUUCUUUCGACCGCGGCUGGACACUCGGUACAGCCUUUUCGCCACCAGGCGGCCAAUCGCCCCGUCUUGGCCGGCCAUUAUCGUCUGCGGGACUUCAAGACAUGGUUGAAUCAGAGCAGGACCUCCAAGAUUCGGCAGUAGAUCUCGACCGGGGUUACUUCUCGGGAACUGAAGCCGAUGGCCGCAAACGCAAUGUUCUGCGCAAGCGGGACAGUGGCCCUGGCCAAGUAGCGAGCUACACUGACGAGCAGCGUGUUCGAAGUGCCACCGCGCUCUCAAGGCAUUCUCGCUUUGGCAGUGUUGACUCCUAUAGGGAUGGACCAUCCACUGCGGCGCAAAAGUAUUAUGGUAUUCAGUCGUCAUCUCAUCGCCGAAAUGCAUCCACCAACACCGUCGAGUCUGUUCGCCCGCUACCGCCCUUGAAGGAUAAUGCCCCUCCUACGGUGACGAGGCUUGACACAGGCUCUGGCCGAUCGCCAAUGGCCGGGUCAUCAAAGAGCUUCCACUCGGAUUGGCUGUCAUCAGUGGCAAACCGAGUCAGCCACAAAGACCUGCGCAGCCCUGGAAACCGCAUCUCUGAUAGAACAGGCACUCGAACACAGAUUACCUCUGGCGAGCCAUCACCAAAGCCGUAUCUGUCUGGGUCUCCUGCUCCCAGCAGCAACUCUGCCGGCCCUAGCUUUGAGUUUGGCUCUAACGAUGGAACUCCAAGCCCAAGCACUUCCACCGCACCGAGCAAGACCAGCAGACGCAAGGGCAAGAAGGAUACAAGUGCCUACCAGAGAGGCCUGCUUAAAAUCACACCUCAAGAGGCCAAGCAGGACGCUGAUUACUGCGGCUGGAUGAAGAAGAAGAGCUCGCACCUAAUGACUACCUGGAAGCCGCGCUUUUUCGUUCUCAAGGGCCGACGACUUUCUUACUACUACUCGGAAACCGACACCGAGGAAAAGGGUCUCAUUGACAUUUCAUUCCACCGCGUUUUGCCUGCCGACAACGAAAAGUUGACCGGCCUCCACGCUACAAUUACCAGCGCUGUUGGCGGUCCGUCCAUUCCUAAUUCGUCGCUCUCCCCCACCAACGAAGACGGAAGCAAGGAAUCUGUCUUUAUUUUCAAACUGAUGCCUCCUCGCGCUGGUCUCUCCCGAGCCGUCACCUUUACCAAGCCCAUGGUACACUACUUUGCCGUGCCUAAUGUGACCCAAGGUCGCCUUUGGAUGGCCGCCCUGAUGAAGGCCACGAUUGACCGCGAUGACACACAACCCAUUUCAACAACGUACCAGCAAAAGACGAUUUCCCUGUCCAAGGCUAAGCAGAUGCGCCACCGCCCCCCAGCACUGAUGGGUCUCGAUGAGGCCAUUGCUGAGCAUCCCCAGCCUGCUGCUGCCGCUGCGGCUGCUGCCGACGGCGACGCCAAUCCACACGUCAAGUCCAAUAGUCUCGGUAUAUUUGGUGAAGGCCAAAACGGAGCAUCGGCACUGGACAAAGCGACCGCAGCGCAUUCAGAGGCCGCCGUCAUCAGUCCACCUGGCGUAGGGCCUUCUCAUUUCGGCGUCUAGGAGACCCUGUGCAAACCCGACAAGGUCAGGAAGCUGAGCCGCGGCGCGCUAGCAGCCAUCUUUACAUAGAAAGAAAGGCGACGGCAUAGCCUAGUAUUCAACCUCUUGACGCCAGUUUACAUGUCAUGACGCUUUUUUAAUAUCACUACGCUUUAACACGGUAUAUCUUGGGGGGAUUUUUCUCAGUCAUAUCUUCAUUCCAUCUACCUAUCGUCCAAAUCUUGUUUCUCGUCAUUAUUACUUUUGUUUUUUCAAACGCAACAUACCCCGAAAGUCGCACCCUUACACACAGACACUAUUAGUUCUCUUGAUAACGGCUGAAUAAACAAACAUGUAUUAUUUUCCCUCAUAAAGUUUAACCUUUUGACAUGGACACAUGCUAAAACAAUGUAGAAAAAUAAGAAGUUUAAAGAAUCAUAAUCAAGUCAAUUGAGGGCUCGGCUUCGAAAAGGCGGCCUUGAAACUCCUGGCUAAAAGGCUGGCUAUCUGAAGUAAUUAAUCAGAGAAACAACAGAGUAAGUCGUUCAAAAGUGACGACAAGAGAAGAUUGAAAAUAAAAAGGACAAGGAAAAAAGUACGUCACUUUCCCUAUCGAAUAAACCCGAGACAAAAAGACGAACAGUAAAUCAGUGUGUAUCAUAAUGCCCCGUUCUCGUUAAAAGUAAAAAGCGCAUCAAUAUAGGACAUGUAAAUAAAGGAGCGAGAUAGGGACAGAAAGAGAGCCAAAGUGUACGCCACGAUUAUGCUCCGGAGACUUUUUGGUUCAUGCCCUGCAGCAGCUGUCGGAUAGACUUCAUUAGAUGCUGCUCAACACCUUCAAAAUUGCCUGGUGUUUCGCCCUCCACAGGAGGAGGCAUGAUGCUAGCGUCAACGAAACCCAAGACACGAUCGAUGGCAGACAAGGUAACUGCCUCGGCCUUUGCCUCACCCAGACGCGCUUUGAGGGCUUUGAUCGAGACCUCCUUGAAGCCGUUGAUCGACGCGAGCACCUUGGCCUCGAAGAUGGGAGGGGCGUCGUUGGGACCAGGGGUAGUGGCGCCAGGUGUUGGGCUCUUGUUCUUGGUGAAACCGUCAAUGACUUGUCGGAUACCCUUGAUACAAAUGGCCUCCAUCUUGUCGUUCUCAGUGGCAUCCUUCUUCAGGCCAAUGCAUCUGUUCAGCGCAGACAUUACUAUAGCCUCAGCCUUGGGGUUGCGGGCCUUCUUCAGAUUCUCCACUAAACCAUUCUUCAGGCCAACGACGGCCUGUAAGAGGCGAGGGUCAAUGACGGGUCGGAGAGUAGCAGCAACAGAAGCAGCAGCAGCAGCAGCAGGAGCUGGGGGAGUAGCUGCUGGUCGGGCGGAAAUUGGUUGAGGGGUAGCAGCAUGAGCUCCGAUGGGCUUGUGGCCAGCCGGGGGAGCCAUCGGUACAGCUUGGUGUCCUGCAGCAACAGCAGCAGCAGCAACAGGAACGGCGGGACCUGGCGCUGCACCGUCUUCUGCCUUGACAGGCAAGUUUGUAGGCGGUGGUCGAGAGGCGUAUGGCGAACUGUAGGCACUCUGCUGUGAUGCGCCAACUUGUGGUCUAGCAGGUGCUGGCGGCGGUCCAUAACCAGGAACCUGGGCAGCCGUGGUUGGCUGAGCGGCAACGGCUGCUGCAGGUUGUCCAAGUUGUCCUUGCGGUGCCUGCUGUCCAGGUGUGGCUUGUGCAGGAACUGUUUGGGGAGCAUAUUGCUGCACGGGACGGGGUGCGCCUUGUACAGGUUGACCAGCAUAACCUUGCAUCUGAUAUCCUUGAGGGACUUGUCCAGGAGGGUAGCCAGGCGCAGCUUGAGCCAUGUGCUGGGCGUUGUACGCAUAGCCAUACGCACCAUAACCUUGGGCGGCGAGGUUUCGGUCCGGCGAUGAAGCCUUGCGUUUCUUUCCGGCAUCGAGCUCGACACCAGGAACACGCGACCAAAGAUUUGUCGUCUCGUCCUUCUUGAACGCCUCGUUCCCAAUAAGGUUAUGACGAACACUACUCUCCCAGCCCUUGGUUUCGGUAUGGAAGUAAAACCAUGGAUAACGCUGGCAGAUUCGCUUAUAGAUUUGCUUCAGCGUUAAGCCAUCGGGGCCAGCAGCAGUGAGUGUCUCGUCGAUAAGCACACCAUAAUUCUUGUUUGGCUUCUGCAACUGCUCCUCGGUGUAAUCCUCAAUUUUGAGCUCAAGGGGAGGAGACUUGGGACGCGCCUUCUUCUCCUUCUUCUCCUUGGCUCUGCGUUCAGCAUCGGAUCCUUCGGCACCAUCCUCCUUGGGCUUGCGAGGCUUGUAUUUGCGCUUCUCUGGGUUGGCGUUUUCUGGUAGAGGGUGCUUCCUGGGUCGACCAACCUUGCGCUUAAUGGGAGGCUCGACUGGCGGAGCCUGAGGCAAAGUCUUCUUUGCCAUUUCUUGUUGCUGCUUCUUAAGAAGCCUCUGUUCUCUCUUAGACAUGAUGCCGUUCUUCGGCGGCCGUCCGGGGCCCCUCUUCUUGGGUAUUUGUGGCAUAUUCGGAUCGAUCUCUGUCUGACCUUCAGCUUUGAUUUCGGAUUCACCUUCGUCGUCCUCGCCUUCGCCGAGGUCGGAUAACUCGGGGGCACUCCCUUCCAAUUCAGACAAUUCGUCGCUAGUAUCUUGAAGCUGGCCGUUUCCAUGAGCUUGCUCAAAUUCAAAGCUCAUUUCCUUACCGCCAUGGGUUUGCUUCUUCUUGGGCUUCUUGUCUGCUUCUGUCGGUUCUUCGGCACCAGUACGACCACGCUCUACACCAUUGAUCAUGAACCGGAAGUCAAUAUCCUUGAUCUGAAGUCUAUCGCCGCAUCGUAGGACGACUUUGUCACUUUUAUAAUGUACAUCUUCGCAGAAAAAGCCAUUCUUGUGCAGCGGAAUAGCUUCGAAUACGCCUUCCUCUUGGUUAUAUGCAAUCUUGAGAUGUUCUCUUGAGAUUGCCUUUGUCUUGCUGGCGAUAUUUGGGCCUGGAGAGUGGAUGCCGAUAAAUGGCACAUGCCAGGGAGAAGGGCGGAGCGAUGCAAGGUCGACGGCUGCGGCUCCUGGCGUGUGAGAAACGUACUGGCGAUUGGAGAUGAUGUUUUCUUGCGACUCGUCGACUUCCUGCUGCUCCGAACCAUUGGUACUGGUCUUGCGGCGCUUGUUGGGACGUCCGCUUUCCUCGCUAUCCGAUUCUGGUCCAAGCAUACCACCCUCCUCACUGACAUAGGAUUUGCUAAACUUGCUACGGUCGUUGAGCAUUGGCGAGGGUGGCGGUAGACCUUUGCUGGCGUUUUCUUCGACUCUGCGUUUGUGCUGCUCCUCGCGUUUUUCGUCUCGGCGGGCCUGCUCUAGGGCACGUUGAUCGCGGCCAAUGAUGACGGCAUAUGUGGUCAUCUGGAAGACGGAAUCAGCAAACUCUACGCGCGCAAAGGACUCUAGGCCCUUGUCGGCGCCAGGUUGUCGGAGGGUGUUGGAAGGAGGAAGGCCGUUGAAAGAGCUCUCCAUAGGAUUCGGUAAUGUGACUUGUGAGGGGGUGACUGUUGGUGGAGGAGACAUGGCGUUGCCGGCGGCUCCCGACAUGGCAAGAGCCAUCAUCAUGUAGGCUUGCUGGUCUAAUGUGGGUGCGGCGACGGGUGUAAAAGGCGUAGAGGGCAUGAAUUGCUCGGUAUUGGCCAUGACGGUGUCUUGAGCAACGGCCUGUGGCGGUUGCAUCUGGGCCGAGGCGUUGUUGUCUGUGGCGGAAGAAGCAGCACCAGGCUUUGUUGGUGUUGCAAAGGCAGCGUCGACCAUGGUUCCGUCGACUUGGUUUGUGGUGGUGGUGGCGGUGGUGUUGGGGUUGGUAGGUGUCUGGAAGGAAGCAGAUUGCGUCGCGCCUGGCUCAGCACCGUUGACUUGGGGUGUGGUUGGGCGAGCAUUGUCGGCAUGGGAGGCGGUCACGGCUUGAAGAGAUUCGGGCGCAUCCGCCGGCGGGGGAUGAGAGGACGCCGAUUGCGCGUCUGUCACGGCAGGAUUGGCUGAAGAAGACGGAUGCGCUGUAGCGACGGCAGCGGGCUGGUGGCCGGGGCCGUCGUUGGUGGUGGACGAAGUCAUCGCUGCAGCCUCGUUACAGCUCCUUCGGCCGGGAGAUGGCAGGCGGGAUGAUGCGAUGCUGCUCGAUGCGCGUCGCAAGGAAAAAGAAUUACCGCCGGCCGGAGGGGGAAUCGGGGAAGAUGCAGCCGAGAGCGAGCGAGAUGAAGCUCUGGUCUGCGGUGGCGGGCGGGAUGCGUUUGUUGGGGCGGCGAGGGCGAAGAGGAAGAGGAAGAAAGGAAGAAAGCGGAGGAGAGGAUUGCCUG